AUGAAGGCUUUGAAGGAACAGCGAUGCGAGCGAGAGCCUCCUGUUGACGUUGACGUUGACGAUGACGACUUUGUUGGACUCGCUUGCCCUCUCGACGACCUUGAAGCUGUCGUCAUCCUUGAAAGUGAAACCACGACUUUCGAUCCCUUCUUGUUCGACAACGUCAAACUUGAUGACCACAACAUGGCAAUUCAAGAGAAGCCCAAGAAACCACCAUCCCACGGCAAAGGGAAGAAGUUGGAGACCCUCCGAUUGGUGCUAUGCACACCACCUCCAUCUUCUUGUCAACAAAACCCUACGGGGCCAACAAAAUCUGAUGCUCACCAUCAACGGCAACACUGGGAUGAUGAAGAGAAAUUGGAGAAUAGCAAGCGAAAGCUUCACCAAGGCUAUCAGGAGUUCCAAAGCAAGAGAAAGAAAAUUCAACUUCUUGACGUCAAGAACUUGCCUUUGCCGUCUAAGCCUCAGCGAGGCCGGGUUUUGAGCGAGAACAAGCCGUUGAUCAGUUCGAGGAAGUGCCCAGAGCCUUCUGAUUUUUCGGAGAGCCAACAAAACCCUAAGGGGCUCACAAAAUCUACUGAUCAUGAUCUUCAUCAUCGGCAAGAUUGGGAUGAUGAAGAGAAGUUGGAGACUAGUGUUCAAAAGCUUCACCAAGGCUAUCAAGAGUUCCAAAACAAGCGAAAGAAAAUUCAAAUUAUCGACAUCAAGAACUUGCCUUUGCCGUCUAAGCCAGGACGAGGUCGGGUUUUGACAAAGAACAAGUUUCUGACUAGCUCCAGGAAGUGCCGAGCCUUCUGAUUUCUUGGAUAUCAGAUGUGACCAAAGAUGACUAUUCAGUCAUUUUUCAUGACAACUUCAUUGGCGACGAGGACAAGGUUAGUUCUACUUCUAUAUAAUUUGGUUUCAGGGUGUUUUUAAGGAGCAAAGGGUUACGGACAUAACUCUGCUGGAAUUGCUUUCCUAUGGACCUCAGAAAGAGGCAGGAAAGGUAAUUAAAUUUGGAGAUUGUCCUGUUUUCAUAUUGAUAAAUAAUAUGCAUGCAUGUAAGGUAGAAUAUUGUCUAGGAUGAAAAUUCAGGUAAUUCAUUCACAUAUCCAUGUUGGAGGCCUAUGCUAAGGAAAAAAAAAAAAAAAAAAGAUGGAAGAAUUUUUUAGUGGAAGGUAGAAAAGGAUGACUCCCUAUGCGUCAUACUGCAGGAAACUUUAGUUAAGAAGUGAUGCCAUUUUCCUUUUAAUUGGAAACUUUAGUGCCAACCCGUCAAGACCUUUUCAGGAAACUUCAUCGUGCAUCACUGGACUAGGAACGGGGAAUCCGUUGUACUGAUCAUAACCACACUUUUCCCAGAGACUUCCCCGCUCUUAGGUCCAACAAUGGCAAUACUGAGACCCCAUGUCAGCAGUUAGCCAAUUUCUCAUGAAGCUUAUUCACUGAGAGAGAGAAAAAUGCUGUAUCCAUUAAAUUGCCGAAGUUAUCAAACUAAAAUUUCAUAAUUUCCUUUCUUUGUUGAAGUUUUCAACUGCCAUGAAAGUGGAAACCGGUUAGGAGUUACCACCCUGUUGGGAUCCUCCUGCCAAUU